AUGGAUAUGAAACGGGAUGAGGCCAACGUUCUAACAAUCACCUCAGGGGAACAAGGCCAGGAGAUGACCUCAUCCUCUUUUGGGAAGCAAACACGUAGAGAUCUGCUGUUGGAGUUCGGAAUCAUCUGCCUCAAGAGGAUGCCAAUACUAGACAUUUGGAACGUGAUCCCGGAAGAAAUUCUGUCCCACAUUUUUUGCUACCUCCCUCUCAAGGACAGACAUGCAGCCUUCCAGGUGUGCAGGCGCUGGGCUGUGGCGGUUUCUGCCAGUUCCGUCUGGAACUUCACAGAGGUCAGUUUCAAGGAUGAGGAUGAAGAUGGCACGCUGCAGAGUUUACACCAGUUCCUGAACCUUAUCAAACAUCUGAAGAUUGUGUUUGAUCAGUCCAAGAAGGUAAUCCAAAGGAACGUCUCUCAAAUUUUAGACAUGCUGGCCCAGCAGAACCACAAGUUGCAGGCUCUCUGCAUUGCCUGCACAGGGGAGAAUCCUUAUUUCGAUGCUGGCCAAGAAAUCCUUCAGAGCAUCAGGAACAUCUGCCAGAGCAAGAACAAGAUCAACCUUCAAAAGAUUGAUUUUCGGCAAAUGCCUUUCACUCUUGACGAUGGGAUAGUUGAGCUGAUCGCAAGCUCUAGCCCAAACUUACGCACCUUGUUCAUCAACAAUCGCACCUUGGUUUGUAAUGUCAAGCCAGAAACCAUCAUUAAGCUCCUUAGGGACUGUCCCAAAUUGUCUACUUUGGGCGUCUAUUAUGCCAGUCUGUCUGAGGAUGUCUUUCUGGAACUGGUUAAGCCAAAUCGAGAACCUUUCAGUUGCCUGGACAUUUUCUGUGAGCGCCUGGACAAAUACAUCCCAGUCAUCACGGAAGAGCUUUGGGCUGCAGUGAGUGGGAGGCAUCCACAACUCUGCGUUGAACUUGAGUUUGAGCACACGGUCCCUGCCUGGAAGAUACCUCGGAUCCUGAAGCCAAAUAUCCCUGUGACCACUUUGCAACUAAACACCUUUACGUACAUGGUGAACCAGGUCAGGUUUGUCACCAGCAACUACAGCAGGAGUUUGGAGAGGCUGGUCCUUCACACUACUCCAUCCGAUGACCUCAACUUCUCCUUAAUAGAUCUGGCAAAGAAGUGUGUACGCUUGAAAGAGGUCCACUGUUACUGCACAGUUAGCCAAGCCGUGAUUGAGGCCUUCUUGUCGCAUUGCCCAGAUCUGAAAAGAUACACCCUAAAGAUCACCAAAGAACGCCACCCUUGGCAACCAGUAAUCGUCUCAUGAUUUGACUAAAGAGUUCAUUUGCAAAAACCUGCUCAGCCAGUUUGUACAUUACGGAAUCCUCAUGUCCUCCUUCUGAGCAGGUGUGUUCAGGAAGUUCGUAACUUCCCAGGUUCGCAGGGGCCAGAUGUGGAGUAAGACUACAGGAAGCAGAGGUCUAAGGCUUCCCCUUUGUGGCAUUUUCCCCAACCUGAAAUGGCCCCCAAGAGCUGCUGUUUGCACUACUCGAGAAACUGAUGGCUACAUGUAAAUUUCCCCAGCGGGGCAAUUAAUGGUUCCCUAGGACUAUUUCAAGUUGGGAAAAUAGCGUGGGGCCCUUCUGCACUUUCAUUUUCAUCACUUGUGUGCCUGUAUUGCUUUGGGGGGGGGAGGUUCUGCACACAUUUUGCUCCCUCUAGUGGUUGCUUUGGUAUUACAUCGCUGUAUUUCCAGCAUAUUUCCCUGUCGUUGUAAAGUGCAGGGAAAUGUGCUGGAAACAGAGCGAUGUAAUAUCAAAGCGACCAAUAAAGGGCCAGGGGCCAAAUUGGGCAUCCUUUCCUGCCUGCUGGGUGGAAAACACGAGUGGAAAAGAAAAAAAACCUCUGAAGUGAUAAGGGCACACAAGUGAUGAAAAUGAGAAUGCAGAAGAGCCCGUGGAGGCGGGAAGGUGUAGGCCCCCUCUCCCCAUGAUCCAAGUUGGUCUCUGAUGUGUACAGAACUCAGCACAUGUCUGAUCCAAAGAGGGACUUUGUCAAGUGUCACUUGGUCCUCAAACAGCAGGGCUUACUUGAGCAACCAUGUGCUUACACAGUGCCAACUCUCUUUAUUCCCCAUUGAGCCAGUACUGUGGACAGCACAAUACAAAUAUAA